GCUAGCUCCCAGGGUUGCGAGGUAUAUAAGAGCCCGUCAGACCAGCCCCGACGCCAGAAGACAAGCAGAGAGAGACUCCUCCAGACCCACUCAGACCACGCGCACGCCCUCCAAGAUGGUAUCCCGUAAGGCUGUGGCUGCUCUGCUGGUGGUGCACGCAGCUGCCAUGCUGGCCACGCAGACGGAAGCCUUCGUCCCCAUCUUCACCUAUGGUGAACUCCAGAGGAUGCAGGAAAGGGAACGGAAUAAAGGGCAAAAGAAAUCCCUGAGUAUAUGGCAGAGGUCUGGGGAGGAAGGUCCUGUAGACCCCACGGAGCCCAUCGAGGAAGAAGAAAACAAAAUGAUCAAGGGAAGCAGAAACAAGAUCCUAGGACGACUGAAACAGACCACAAACAAGGGAAGGUGUGAUGAUCCUCUCAGCAGGACUCAGCGACCUUCAGGAUCCAAACCUCUGCUAACUGCUCCUGUGGAAAUUGGAAUAAGGAUGAACUCCAGGCAGCUGGAAAAGUACCGGGCCACCCUGGAAGGGCUGCUGAGCGAGAAGCGGCCCCAGCACGCAACCAAGUGACAGCCACGCUGGGAAGAAGGUGGACAGAUUUGGGAGGCCUCUCCCACCUGAGUGAGGCCCUGGGAAUUUGCACAGCCUGCCAGCUGGGCCUGGAAGGAAAACACCCUUUCCAAAGCAAAUCCCCCUCCAGCAAAUAAAGCAUGAAAUAUACAGAAA